GUGACUGGAUCCAGUUGAAACACUUUUCAAGGGCUCCUGGAGCAAAAUACUAUUACAGGAGCAACUCGAUCUGUUACAGCUCACAGUGAACAGCCUGCGGGAUCUUAAACUCUUUUAUUACCUCAUGCAAAUCUGCUGAACUUUCAUCUCUCUCUCUCUCUCUCUCUCUCUCUCUCUCUUUGUGUGUGUGUGUGUGUGUGUGUGUGUGUGUGAGCUGAAAACUAUCACUCACACACAUUCAUCAUUCUAAACCUUUGAAAUCAUUUUCAAGGGCUGACUUUCAGUUUUGUCAGCCUCAGGUUCCUUCUGCUGCUUUAUUUCAACUUCUGCACCAUGAGGAAGGGCUCAUGCUGUGUGUAUGCCACUGGAAUCAUCAGUGCCCUCCUGCUGAUCAUGGGAAUAGCACUGUAUGUGUCCGGUGUCUUCCAAACCAUGAUACACAACAAGCUUAAGAGGGAGAUCACGCUGACAGAAGGAAGUAAAGUCUUCGCCACAUGGAAGAAUCCUCCCCCUCCAGUUUUCAUGGAGUUCUUCUUCUUCAACGUCACAAACCCUGAAGCGUUUCUGAAAGGAGAAGCCAAACCCAGUGUUACUGAAAUGGGGCCGUACACCUACAGAGAGUACAGGCCCAAACACAAUGUAACAUUUGUGGACAAUGGGACGAAGGUCGCUGCAUACACACAGAAGAGUUUCGUCUUUGUCCCUGAGAAAUCUGUGGGAGACCCCAGUUUAGAUCUGGUGACAACCGUGAACAUCCCAGCUGUGGCCGUGAUGAAUAAGAUUAAAGGUGCGGGAUUCUGGGUUUCCUCUGGUUUCUCCAUGUUUAUGAAUUCCAUCGGCACCACCAUGUUCAUGACGCACACCGUGGACGAGCUGCUCUGGGGGUUUAAAGACCCUCUGCUCACUCGACUGCGAACUGUGAAACCCGAGGUGGAAGAAUACUUCGGCAUCAUGUAUAAUAAAAACGGGAGCGAUGAUGGCGAGUUUGUGUAUCACACUGGAGAGCACAACUACCUGGACUUCGGCCGUAUUUACACCUGGAAGGGGCAAAAGUUGAUGUCAUUCUGGAGAACCAAUCAGAGUAACAUGAUCAACGGCUCCGAUGGAAGCGCCUUCCACCCGUUCCUGACCAAAGAAGAGCGACUGAACGUCUUCACGCCUGACCUCUGCAGGUCCAUCCACAUGCGCUUUGAGAAGGAUGUUGAGGUAAAAGGAAUCCCGGCGUAUCGCUUCACGCCACCCCGCCAAGUCCUCGCCAGCGGCAAAAACAACCCCGAGAACGAGGGAUUCUGUCUCUCACCAAAGAAUUGCCUGGACGAUGGUGUUCUGGACGUGUCUGUGUGUCGCAAAGGUGCUCCUGUAGUCGUGUCUUUUCCUCACUUUCAUCUGGGUGAUAAGAAGUAUGUCGACGCCAUCGAUGGUAUUUCUCCAGUGCACGCUCAUCACCAGACCUUUCUCGACCUCAACCCGACUAUGGGAGUGCCUGUUCGUGCGAUGAAACGGGCUCAGAUCAACAUUCAUCUAGCCAGAAUAUCCGGCUUCCCUUUGACCAAGAAUCUAAACAACACCAUCUUCCCCGUCGUAUUUCUGAAUGAGUCUGUCGUGAUUGAUGACGUUUCAGCCGCGAGAAUUCAUAAACUGCUGCUGAUCGUAACGCUGGUCUCUCAUUUCCCGCUGAUGCUCAUCGCUCUGGGAGUCACCCUGCUCUUCAUCACCAUCAUCCUCAUAUACCGAGACUGUCAAAACAAGCAGUCUGCAAAGAAAGACACGAUGUACACUCCCGUGAGCGCCAAAUCUGACGAACAAGAUGAGAAAAAUGGAACUUUCAUCGGUCUAACGCCCGUGGAUGUACAGAAGUGUUGAACGUGGACCGCUGUGUGUGGAUGCUUUCACAGAUGUUACUCGUGUGUCUCUGUAAGUUUAGAUUUGAGCACGCUGCCUCUCAAACUCAGGACCGAACCGAAGAGCACAAUCAGGCAUCUGUUUAUCAUCUCAUAACUACAAAAACCAUUCACACAAAAGUGGCAGUGUUAACAUUCCCUCAUGUCGCUCCAAACGCGGAUGCUGUUGUUUUAUUCUGCGGAACACAAAAGUAGAUUUUUGCUUUUGUGUUCCAUAGACAAAAUGUCAACAAACAUGUUUGGAACGACAUGAGGGUUUUUAUUUUUAUUUGGUGAACUAUUCCUUUAAUGACUGAAGAGAUGGAUGAAUGUGGAAUAUGUUAUUAUGGAACCAUCUCUUAUACUCUUCUGUUCAGGGUGAAGCAGCCAUUUAGUUACAUUAUGAACAACAUUUAAGCUGCUGUAAGCGUUUAUUUUAAAUAACAUGUUUUAGAGGGUUUCUGGGUAUCUCAGCGAGUAUUGACGCUGGCUAACACACCUGGAGUCGUGAGUUCGAAUCCCAGGGCGUGCUGAGUGACUCCAGUCAGGUCUCCUUAGCAACCACAUUGUCCCGGUUGCUAGGGAGGGUAGAGUCACAUGGGGUAACCUCCUCGUGGUGGUGAUUAGUGGUUCUCUCAAUGGGGCGUGUGGUGAGUUGUGUGUGGAUCGUGGAGAGUAGCAUGAGCCUCCACAUGCUGUGAGUCUCCGCGGUGUCAUGCACAAAUAGUCACGUGAUCAGAUGCGCGGAUUGACGGUCUCAGACGCAGAGGCAACUGAGACUCGUCCUCCGCCACCCGGAUUGAGGAGAGUCACUACGCCACCAUGAGGAGCUACUAAGCAGUGAGAAUUGGGCGUUACAAAUUGGGAGAAAAAGGUGAUAAAAAAACCCAGUUUUAAAUGGCACUACUACCUGACCAAUCAGAGAGAGAUCAGUGAAUUGGGUUUUAGAAAUAUCAGAAAACUAGCCAAUCAGAAACCCUCUGUGCCUGUCAGUGUUCUUGUAUGUUCAAGCUUGCUGACAUCGGGUUGGCUAACGUUAGAUAUCGCUCACAGGACGUUUAACAAUAUGUUCAAUGAGAUUUAUCACCUUUUUUAAAGGCCAAAAAAUAUUUAAAAAAAUGUAUUGUGACAUCUUCAUGGGCCGUUCACACAGGACGCGUUAAUGCAUUCAAAAGCUACCAGAUUGCAACAGAAUGCAACAGAACGACACAUUUUUCAACUACUAAGUUCAACUACUUUUACUUCUUUACAAGGCAUCUUAAUGGAUUAGAUCACCCAAAAAUGAUAAUUCAAGUCAAGACAAUUUUAUUUGUAUAGCGCCUUUCACAACACACAUCGUUUCAAAGCAGCUUUACAGAAGAUCAGCAUUAACAGAAGAUAUAAUUCAGUCAUUAUUUACUCACCCCAGUGUUGUUCUAACCCGAUAUGUCUUUCUUUCUUUCUCUGAACACAA